CUGGGCUCCUCCUCCUCAUCUCUAUCCCUGGGCUCCUCCUCAUCUCUACCCCUGGGCUCCUCCUCAUCUCCAUCUACCCCGUGGGCUCUUCCUCAUCUCUACCCCUGGGCUCCUCCUCAUCUCCAUCUACCCCGUGGGCUCCUCCUCAUCUCUACCCCUGGGCUCCUCCUCAUCUCUACCCCUGGGCUCCUCCUCAUCUCCAUCUACCCCGUGGGCUCCUCCUCAUCUCUACCCCUGGGCUCCUCCUCAUCUCUACCCCUGGGCCCCACUAUGGGCAACACGGAGGCGAAGCCGGAAGAGGAUGUGCAGGAGCAGCCGCCGGGCAUCGUUCUCAACUCGUACCAGCAGAACGAGAACCGCAAGCAUCCGGACAUCGAGCACAAAGCCGAAUCCAAUUCAAAGUCUCCGGCUCAUCCCAGCACUGCAGUGAAUCCGCACGCCGAGAAGCCUAAGCGGGCGAUGUGGGACUUCGGCAAGGCAAAGGGCGACGACGAUGCGGGGUCCACCAAGCCCGGCGGCGGCGGCGGCGGCGUCGGCGUCGGCGUCGAGGGGGAGAAGCAGCAGCGGGAGGAGGAGACGAAGCAGCAACGGGAAGGUUCCUUUUUCAAAAUGUUCUCGGCGAAAGAGGCGACGGGCGCCGCCGACGGGAAGAACGACCGGGGGGAGGACGCCUCCCGCGACGCGGCGGCUGCGGCGGGCGGCACGGCGGGGCAGCAGCAGCAGCAGCAGAAGGACGGCGGAGGGUCCUUCUCGUUGAAGCAGAUGUUCGGCGGGAAGGACUCGGCGGCACGGGCGUCCGACGAGGAGGCGGCGCGAGGACUGCCGGCGCAGAACGCGGCGGGGAAGGCCGAGUCGGCGAUGAACGGCCCCGUCGCCAAAACGACGCUGCCCGCCGCUCGGGGAAGAUCCGCGGAGAAGCCGCGUGCCGCCGAGCCGGCGACCGAGGUCGGAGCGGACGUCGACGAAGCGGCGAGCUCGGACGCGAGCGGGAAGGAGCCGCAGGGCUUCUUUAGCUUCCUGAAGAAGGGUUCCAGCGACAUGACGGACGGGGCGGGCCACAACGUUGGCCUGCAGAGGCUGCAGUCGGUGAGCCUGCAGGAGUCGGUGGACGAGGGCCUCCCCUCCGACUCCGCGGCCUUCUCGGACGCUCGCUCCUCGUCGUCCGCAUCAGCCGCAGCGUUCGGGGGCUUCUUCAGGUCCAUGGGAGGGAAGAGGACUUCGACGGUCGCGACGCAGACGGAGCCGGUGCAAGUGCUGCCCAUCAAGGAGAACCCCUUCAGCUUCCGGAAGAAGAUGUGACGGCGCACGGACGAACGGCAAGCGGCGUGGGCGGCGGUGGUGGCGGUGGCGGUGGUGAUGGUGGUGGUCAACUCCUGCCGCGUCUCCACGGCCACCGGCCAUGGACACAGAGGAGCCGCGGGCACGCGGCGUCGGGCCGGUCCCCUCCAGGGAGCAACGAGAGGAUUGGGGAGGGGGCGGCGUGGGGGGGGAGGGGGGA